CGAAAAUGGCUUCGUGGGGGACAAAAGUCGCAGAUGGUGCAUUGAAUUUCAUUCUUCUGUUGAUGAUAUCGAAGCAAAUAUUGGCAUCUUGUUGCAUUUUAUUUCUGUCUACAUCUGCCUAUUCAUAAAUUAAUAUAUAAAUGCCCGAAUUGACAUAAAAAUUUAGCCGAAAAAAUUGUUAAAAUUCAACCAAAAAAUCAAAACAAUUUAUCGCAAACUCGCAAUAAAUAAAUGAAUGAAUAGCGUGGGGUAUAGUAAAAACUUGUGGGAGAGAAAUUUUUGUGAUUUUUUCCAAUUGAUUUGUUUUUUUCUUUAAUAUUUCAGUCGGUAUAAAAAAUAGCAAAAGGUAUCAGACUGUAUGAACGAAUACGUAAACUCUUUUCUUUCUGUGAAUAUCAAUUAUUAUUUUGUAUACAAAAUGUAAUGAAUUGGCCGAAGGCCUUCAGGCUAUGUCCAGUUGCAGUUUGUCCCCAACACUCGGAACAAAUUUCGUUAGAAGUAAUAAAUAAAUUUCCAAAUGUACUUUUAAUAGAGAUUAAUCGUUUGUGAGACUGACAAAAAAAACUAAAUUACCGUAAAAAAGCCGCUAAUGAAUUUAGAUGGUACGACACGUAAUUUGAGUGUAAUAUCGCAUUACACGGGGCUCUCAACGCCAAGUUCAUGGUGCUAUAUGGGCGCGUCACGCUACAUUAUUUCCUCAUUAUUCCAUGACAGAUACGAGAAUUAGCGUCAACGAUUAUUAUAACAAACUAAUGCACCCACGGUGUGCAAUAGAUCGGAGAGAAUUAUCAUGCACGAGGGAACUCUUCCAUGAAGGGCCCCUCACCACCCCUUAACUGGUCACGAAAAUGUUCAUUUUCCGUUUGAAAUAGGGGAAAUUAAUUGAGUGAUAAAUUAUUUACCUUUUUACAACCAGCACUUCAAAGCAGUUUUCGUGAUACAUUUGAUUUCCUGGGAAAUUCCCGUCCCGAUAAUCAUCAAUUAACUAUUUAUUGCCCAAAAUUUUCAAGUGAUAAUAACUAUUAUGUUUUAACAUUUUUUUUGCUGGUCGAAACUGUGGAAUUUCUCACGUCAACCCUCGCGGAGCUUUUUUUCUACAUCAAUUUGCGACCUGCGUCUGACCACGUAUGGUCCACCACCACUGCCAGCAAUAAUUGUCGUAACUCGACGAUUAUAAUUUAGCCUCCACCAUUACCCCGAAUUAAUUCACAGCAGAAAUAAUGAAACCGACUGCGUUGACAUCAUCCAUUCCACAUCCAUCCAGAAGCAACAGAUCCUCGGGGAAAUAUGUGUCCUCGGAGGCGAAAAGACUAACAGUGCAAUUAAAUUAUUCAGAGUGGCGGAGCGACUGGCAAAUGCACACAGGGACGACAGUGAAUAUCCCGAAAGUGCUGGAAUGCUUUGUGAUCCUACGGUUUCCAACACUGGAAUUUUGUGUCUCAAAUGGACGGGGCGUUAUGCUGGAGAUGCGGAUGUGUUUGUUAUGUACUACUUAGAGAGGUACACUUUCAUUCCUAAGUGAGAAGCCGGCAUGAAACGCGAGAUGAGGGGAAGCGACAGUAACUUUUUACGAGGGAACCGAAGUAAAGACAUUGGACGGAGUUAUGUUUUGACUUAAAUCCAAUGCCAUUUUAUCCUCCCCCUCCCUGCCUCUCCUGAACCCAACCUACCCACAGCUCUCCUGGUGCAGGUGAGAGCAGUAACUGAAGGAAUUCAAAAUGAAAAUGUUGAUGCAAGGCUUUGGUGUACUGUGAAAACGGUCAUACGCUUUUUUGAAAUACGAUUUUCCUCGCUCAGAGGGACCGCCCUGAUGUUGUGUUUAUCUGCACCCAGAAGAGGGUAGGGAUCACUUACCUCACACUGUACCUAGAGAUACUGCGGUUUCCCGCUAAAUUCCAAUCUAACCAUCACGUGGAGCGCAUGCGCUGGAGUUACCCGGAGCACGUGGAGCCUCUGAUAUUAUCCGACAGUACGAUACCCGCCCUGCGUUGGAGCGAGACUCGUGGGGUUUCUGCACAUCCGAGGGUAAGACCAAGAGCGGACAGUCGCGCGCCGGCCGCUGUCACGGUGGGAUCCCGUAUGUUUCGCUCCGUUUCGUUUACUUUUCAGGUGCAUGCAAACCUGAGAGGCUCUGCACCCUGAGGAGGGGGGGGUGGAGAAGCUGUAUCGGGUUAGUGACGUGUGAUCGUGAGUGGGGAGAGGCCGAAAGGGUGAGUCUUCGAGAUGAGCUAUGAAGGGGGCCCCGGGCUGCCUGCUAGCCUCCGUCAUCAUUUUACUACUGCUACGAAUGAUUGUUUACACGAAUGCAUUGCCAGCCAAGGUCAAAAUUGGUGCCAUAUUCACUCAUGACCAAAAGGAUAGCAGCACAGAGCUGGCCUUCAAGUAUGCCGUUUACAAGAUAAACAAGGACAAGGUCAUACUGCCAAAGACAAAUUUAGUUUUCGACAUUCAGUACGUGCCCAAAGAUGACUCGUUUCACGCGUCCAAAAAAGCCUGUCAACAGGUCAAAUUUGGCGUACAGGCUGUGUUUGGACCAUCGGAUCCUAUUCUCGGUCAGCACAUUCACAGUAUCUGCGACGCGCUGGAUAUACCGCAUCUGGAGGUCAGGCUGGACCUGGACGCGGAGGCGAAAAAAUUCAGCAUAAAUCUGCAUCCCGCACAAACGUUACUCAAUUCUGCUUAUCAGGACGUUAUGUUUUUCCUUAAUUGGACGAGAGUUGCUGUUAUUUAUGAAGAUGAUUAUGGUCUGCUGAAGCUCAGGAACUUGGUGAAGACACCGAAGUCACCGGAUCUCGAGGUACAUCUGAGACAAACUGAUCCGGAUUCGUAUGGACGCGUUCUGAGUGAUAUCAAGAGUAAAGAGAUUAGAAAUUUUAUUGUUGACACUAAACCUGAACACAUGCAGCAUUUUUUACGAAUGAUAAUUCAAAUGCAAAUGAACGAUUACAAGUACCACUACCUCUUCACAACUUUUGAUAUUGAAACGUUCGAUCUCGAGGAUUUCAAGUACAAUUUUGUCAACAUCACUGCCUUUCGAUUAGUCGACGCUGACGACAUUGGAGUCAGGGGAAUACUGAGAGACAUGGAGCGCUUCCAGCCAGCCGGAAACACUGUGCUCAAUAAAUCACGUGUUAUUCAGGCCGAACCCGCUCUGAUAUAUGACAGCGUACAAGUAUUUGCCGUUGGUCUGCGCACCCUGGAGCAGUCACACACCCUGAGACCGGUGAAUCUCUCCUGCGAGGCAGAGCAUCCCUGGGACGGUGGCCUAUCUCUCAUCAACUACAUCAACUCGGUGGAGAUGAAGGGAUUAUCUGGGCCCAUCGAGUUCAAGGACGGCCGGAGGAUUCAGUUCAAACUGGACUUGCUCAAAUUGAAGCAACAUUCACUGGUUAAAGUUGGCGAGUGGAGGCCGGAUCUCGGAGUCAACAUCACAGAUGGCGCUGCUUUUUUCGAGCCUGGAACUGUCAACGUCACCCUAAUUGUCAUCACAAUUCUGGAGCGACCGUACGUGAUGAUGCACCACGGAAUAAACUACACCGGUAACGAUCGAUUUUACGGUUUUUGUAUGGAUCUGCUCGAGGCAGUGGCACAAGUGGUAGGCUUCACCUAUCGUCUGGAAUUAGUACCUGAUCGUAAAUACGGUGCACAAGAUCCUGAGACGGGCGAGUGGAAUGGCAUGGUCCGUGAACUCAUGCGACAUGAACAGCCAUACGUUAUGCUGAGGAACUCGGGAAAUUUCAGUGGUAAUGAACGGUACGAGGGAUUCUGCAUCGAUCUACUGAGAGAGAUAGCGCGCAUGGUGGGAUUCACGUACAGAAUUGAGCUAGUACCCGAUGGCAAGUACGGUGUUUACGAUUACGAGACCGGCGAGUGGAACGGAAUUGUGCGUCAGUUGAUGGAUAAGAAAGCAGAUUUGGCAGUUGGAUCGAUGACGAUAAAUUACGCCCGUGAAAGUGUCAUCGAUUUUACGAAGCCCUUCAUGAACCUGGGUAUCUCAAUUCUCUUCAAGGUACCAACGAGUCAUCCGGCGAGACUAUUUUCCUUUAUGAACCCUCUGGCUAUUGAAAUCUGGCUUUAUGUACUAGCCGCCUAUGUUCUUGUAUCGGUAACGAUGUUUGUUGUGGCGAGAUUCAGCCCCUACGAGUGGAAUAAUCCACACCCCUGUCACGGACACUCAGGCCCGGAAAUUGUUGAGAAUCAGUUCUCAUUGUCCAACAGCUUCUGGUUCACAAUUGGCACUCUGAUGCAGCAGGGAAGUGAUCUAAACCCUAAGGCGGCGAGUACGAGAAUUGUUGGAGGUAUAUGGUGGUUUUUUACGCUUAUUAUUAUAUCGUCUUAUACGGCUAAUCUGGCCGCCUUCUUGACGGUUGAGAGAAUGAUAACACCCAUUGAAAAUGCGGAGGAUCUUGCUGGACAAACGGACAUCACCUAUGGAACAUUGGAGAGCGGCAGUACUAUGACAUUUUUUCGAGAUUCAAUGAUUGAAACAUACAAAAAAAUGUGGCGUUUCAUGGAGAACAAGAAGCCCUCGGUAUUCGUCCCUACGUACGAGGAAGGCAUUCAGCGUGUUCUCCAGGGUGAUUAUGCCUUUCUGAUGGAAUCGACAAUGCUGGAUUACAUCGUCCAACGAGAUUGCAAUCUCACCCAGAUCGGGGGAUUGCUGGAUAGCAAGGGUUAUGGAAUAGCAACGCCAAUGGGAUCACCGUGGAGAGAUAAGAUCUCACUCGCCAUUCUCGAGCUUCAGGAGAAGGGGGAGAUACAGAUGUUGUAUGACAAGUGGUGGAAGAGCCCUGGUGAUACCUGCAAGAGGAAGGAGAAGGGCAAGGAGAAUAAAGCCAAUGCUCUGGGUCCUGCGAAUAUCGGUGGAAUUUUUGUUGUUCUACUCUGUGGCCUGGCGUUCGCAGUUCUCGUGGCGAUAUGCGAAUUUUGUUACAAUUCACGUAGACAUUCACCAUCGGAACGUGAGACACACGCUGUACAACCGCCCCCCACGUGCUCUGGGUCUUUGCAGACUGUCAGUCAAAAUCCACAGCAGCAAAAUUCGAAUCAGGAAUCACUGUGCUCGGAAAUGGCACGAGAAUUGUGUCGUGCAUUACGAUGUCGCGCAUCAUCACGUCGGCGAAAGGCUUGUGAAAAGUGCUCGACACACGUAGUUGGUUACACACUUGAUAAUCCAACUGCCACUCCUCUAAAUGGGAUGAGAUCUCAGAGAGGCAGUCUGGGAAUCACCGGAGAUUUACCAGCUCACAUUCACAUGCAUCAUCAUGUACCCCACGACUACGAUGGAAAUUGACAAAAAAUAUAUAUCACUUCAUCAUUUUUUUACUCGCGAAAUCAUCGUACGCAAGAAAGUAUUCAUUAAUCAUUCAACAAAAAAAAAUUGGAAAUACAUUUUAUAUAGUGAUGAAUGAUGAAUGGGAAACGUCGACACUAUUAUAGGAGUAAAUUUUUAUGAAUGAGUCAAGACCUUCUCGCGAUCCGAGGUGAUUUUUCACGGCUUGUCUGACUUUUUUUUUGCCCGGAGGAAUUUCCUCGGAUACGCCAAGACGUCUUCUCCAUUUAUAAAAACACUCAAUGGUAAACGAAUGAGUAAUUUUGCAACGGCGCAAUAGUGCGUGUCUCUAUUCACUUUCCUAAUUCAGUUCUCAGCCAAAAAUGCCGGAGUAACGAAGAAAAUAAAGACUAGAAUGUAAAUAAAACGGACGGCAGGCGCUGGUUGUGCUAACUGUUAUAAUUAAUUUAAACUAGUGAUUAAAUCUUCAGUGAAGUGGUAAUAAAGAUAAAUUCCCCGAAAGUAUCAAAAAUUUUUUGGAGCCCUUGCGAUGACAAACAAAUCCCGCAUUUCUUCAAUCGAAUGAAAUUCACAAAAUGAUCCCUAAACGUCAACUAAUCUUUAUUUACCACUUCAUGACCAAAAUGAUGAGUAAUCGUUCGAUGUUUGAUGUCAUUGUACGUGUAUACAUGGACCUAGACUACGAAAUAAAAGAUAUCAGGAAAAUAAAACCACCAACAGCAGACAAAUUUUCUUUUAUAUAACAUCAUUUAUUAAGGGAUAAAAUAAAUGACAAAUAACAUAUCGUUUAUAGGAAACUAUAACAUUUUUUAAAGUGUUCAUUGUUCGUUUACGAUAUAAAAGAAAUCACAUCACAUACAACUCCCCUCCAUCCCUCACCAUCAAACCUCCAGACUGUUGAAACAAUUUAUUCUCUUAUUCUGGUGAAUCAUGACAGGAUUAGGCAAUGACCGCAUAGCUUAAUCGAGCCAGUGAAGCCAGAAAAUAUCCUUCCAUGUUGAAAGCUCAUUCUCCAAAUAAUUUAUAACAACUUUGAGGUUGAAAUAAUGGAAAAGAGAUGAAAGUGUGUCUGGAAAUCUGAUGUCAUUAUCAGUUUCUAAUCGUUUCUUCUGUAAUUAAAAUUGAAAAUGUUAUUCUGUCCAGUCCAAAAUAUCUUGGAUGGACCAAUAUCAACGUGACCUUAAAUCAUCACACGAUCAUUCUGUUUGCGGUAGCAUUUCUAGGACAAUAAUAUGUUCUGUGACUCCAGAAGGUGAUGAUCGAUGGCUAUCAGUACUCCAACGAUUACCAGAGCUUAAAAAAUCCACGAAUGGUACCAAUUUAUCAAUAGUACUGAUAAUUCAUCGAUGUAACUCCCUUCAUUCAGUUCUGACUAUUCAGGGUGUUUUGGUGACAAUCGUGAAAGUUUACUAUAAUUUAUUGUUUUGUGUCUGCAAUGAUUAGAUGUUGACUUUCACUCUCCCCUCAUUCUUCUCCGCUUCUUCGUCGAUGAAUAAAUUAUAAAAAUGAAAUAAUUGUCGAUUAAUCUUGUCGAAUUAUACAUCGAACGAACCCGGCGCUCGAUUUCAAUGUAUUUCAAUCAUAAAAGAAAUAAGAUUUUCACGUUUAUUUGAGUUAGAAAUAUCACGAUCUAUUCCAACUGUUGAAUUUUCGUCCACUUUAGUGGAAAUAUCAAAUCACACAAGCCUUAAGUUCAACUUCACCUCAAUCCAUUAUUCCCCAAUGAAUUUAUGAAACGUAACGUUAACAUGACAUUUUUUCAACGUUCACAUCAAACUCAAAUUAUCGAGAUAAUGAAUUAUUUGAGGAUAAAUGCCCAGAAUAUUAUCGAUAUUCUCUCCAAAAUUCAAUUACAUCUCCAGAAAAUAUUUAGUUCAGAUGAUUAUCAUGUCGAUGGUGUUACAUUUCACAAUUUCACCGGAUAAUUUAUUCCCUUAAAAAUAAAAAAGACAAAUCCAUACGAAGGAAUUGAAAUUAAUUCUACGUUCUGACACUCGAUUACAUCGUCAAAAUAACUUGUUUACCUUUCAUUAAAAUCAAAAGAAAGAAAAAUAAUCGUUACAAAUUCUCUCGUUAAUUAUGUCGCCUACCAACGUCGUGCCUUUGAGUACAAAAAAGAAAAAAAAAUCGAUUAGAAAUACAAGACACUUGGUCUUGGUUUCAUAUAUAUGCAUAGGUAUAUUUUUUUUAUUUUUUUUCCUCGUUUAAAAACAUUUUUAUUCACUUUUUAAUCGCUCAGUCCCUCGAAGAGAUCAUUACAUGAGGAUGCACGUCAUCAAUUAAUUUCUUUGCUAAGAAAUACGUGGAUGAAUGAUAUCAUUGCAUCAGAUGAUUGAUUCAUUAAAGAGAACGUGUAUCCUCAUUCAUGUUUUAUGUUUCCUUAAAUUAUAAAAAAAAAUACGCCCUGUGAAUUCUCCACAGGGUCUUGGCAGAAUGCCAAUAAGGGACCGAUCUUUAAAAAAACAAUUGUUGAUGAGAUGCAUGAUUAGAAGAAUGGUUAGAGGAGAGUGAAAGGUAUAAAAUUAGGGGAAAAGAGAU